AUGUUAUCCCCAUCCCCAUCCCCUCUCCCGGGCCAACAACCCCAAAACCAAAACCCAAGAAGAAAGAGAAAAAAAACUCACCCGAUAAAACCCCGUCAUCGGCUCAUCCGCACUCCUAAUCUGCACAAAGCGGGCCGCGGCCACCAUGCCAUCACACUCACUAUUCGCACACUGUUUCGGAUAGGUAUCGGCAUUGGCCCAGGCAUCCUUGCCUCCAAACACAUCCUCUUUCUCCUCGCGCACAAAGGUUUUGCGGUCGUAGAUGCUGCGCGUGAGUAUGUAUUGGUAGGGACAGGUGAGGCAUUCGAGCCGGUUGGCGCCCGUGAGAUCACUGAUGGUGCCGGGGGUGUGGGACGAGGAGGUGUUGGUGGUGUUGGUGGUGGGGGCGGGGGUUGA